CCCGUCCUCCUCCGCGUGAGCCGCGGCGCGAAGUGCGUGCUCGGCGUCCUUGCAGCUCUUCGAUGGCUAUCCUGUUUUUCGAAGAUGACGAGGCCAGCCGUCAUUUCUUCCUGCCUUUGGUCCGUCAGGCAGUCGGUUGGGACCUGUUGCUACCUUCGUUAUUUUCUGCAAUACAGUGGAUACAGUUUGUUAUGGCUACUCUGAGUGUUAUAGGUUCAAGUUCACUUAUUGCCUAUGCUGUAUUCCAGAGCAUACAGAAAUCUCCAGAGAUAAGGCCACUCGUUUAUCUGAGCUUCUCUGACCUCCUGCUGGGGAUGUACUGGCUCAUUGAGGCACUUCUCUAUGGAACUUCAGCAGCCAAUAAGGACAUUGUCUGCUAUAACUUGCAAGCAGUUGGACAGAUAUUCUACAUUUCCUCAUUUUUCUACACUGUCAAUUACAUCUGGUACCUGUACAAAGAGCUGAGGAUGAAACCCCACCAGAGUGGACAGAGCACAGUUCCACUGGUUAUAGGUUAUACCUGUCGAGUUAGUCAAACAGCCAUCAUUUUGUCAAGCCUGAUACCUCUACUAUUGAUGAUACCUGUAUUCUGUUUGGGCAAUGCCAGUGAAUGUUUCCGCAACUUCAGCCAGAGCCACAGGUGUAUCCUGAUGUACUCACCACCAACAGCCAUGGCUAAAGUCCUGCCUUCUGCCAACACAUCAGUCUGUAGCACACUUUAUUUUUAUGGGCUUAUCAUUUUCCUGGCCAGCUUUCUACUCAGCCUCCUCACCAUUGUGGUCUUACUCAUUCAAGCCCAGACACUUUAUAAGAAGUUUCUGAAAUCGACUGGCUUUCUGGGGAGUGAACAGUGGGCAGUGAUUCACAUUGUGGAGCAGCGAGUACGCUUCUACCCAGUGGCCUUCUUUUGCUGCUGGGGCCCAGCUGUCAUUCUGAUGAUCAUAAAGAUGACUAAGCCACAGGACACCAAACUUCACAUGGCCCUCUAUGUUCUCCAGAUGAAGAAACUGAAACCAAAAGAGGAGAAAUUACUCAGUGAAGAACAAGCAAUAGGAAUAGGAAUACCAGAACAACGUCCAAGUCCCAGGCAGCUAAGCCUCUGACACAGCUCUACCUGCCUCGGAAACUGGGUCCUCAGAGGCUUCAACCCAAGCCCCUCCUGAAUUGCGGGACAAAAGCAGUGUCCACCUGAGAAAGGCAGCCCAGGGAGCCUGCCACUGUGGCCACACGCUCCUCACACCACAGCUGUGCGCUGCUCUGAGUGAAGCCUGGAAAAUGAGGUGUCUCAGGUACUCUCAGCCAUGUCUUGGCAUCAUACUAGUAGACAUUUAUAGAUGACAUGACCCAUGCUGUAGAACAUACUUAUAAAAUUAUAGAGGUGAAAAGAAAUCUUAAAAAAUAGUUCACAUGAGGAAACUGAUACUACAGAGAUCUUGUCAUCUCUAAGGUCAUCUGUCAAGAGUGAAACUAAGUGUACCAACCAACAUCAUACAGCUGAAUGGUGGUGGAGUCACAGCAAGUCACCUGGCCUACUGCCUCUUUUUCUUUUUCUUUUUAAUUAAGGUUGAUGUAUUUAUUUAACUUUUGAAAAUUUAACUACAUCUUUUUACAUUAUUUUUAUUUAAAAAAUUAUUUGCAAAUGUAGCAGUCAGUGUUCACUUAGUUGCCAAUAUAAAGAUGAUAACUAGACCAACAUAUAUACACAUUCAAAAGUAAUAUGAACUUAUUUCACUAUAUUACUCAUCUGUGGAGUGUAAAUUUUAUGAAUGCCGUGCUAAUUCACAAACACCACUAGAUUCACAACAUGGAACAGGAAGAGGAGAAAAAAAUAGUACUGGGAAAUAAUAUAUCACACAAGAAUCCAUUGUAUUCAUGAUGAGAAGACCGUAUCAAGUAAAUUAAUAUCUCUGUUAGCUAAGUGCUUCUACCACUCAAUUCCUGCCUGCAUUGGGAAGCAGGAAGCAGUUUCUGACUGACUAUAAUCAGCACAGCCCUCACUUCCAACCUUCACUAUAUAAGGGCACAGCUGCCUACAGUUUUGCAAGUAGAUCAAGAUGGUGUGGAGCAGUUCUUACUUGGGGACUGAACAGUGUUAAUCAUGAAAGUAGUUGUUUAGAGUUCUGGUCAUGCUGUGCCAGUGCCAGUGCAAGUGGAGGGUCCUGAGUGCCACAGAAGCCUGUGUGUUCUUCGGUAUGUAUGCCUGCAUGUGUGCACACACAUGCAUUAGGAAUAUGUGGGGCCCUCUAAAGGUGUGGGACCAGGAAGAGCUGGCCUGCCUUUCUCCCUCUCUACCAUCUAUAUCACCUGGAGUCCCCAAGCAGCAUCAUUUUUUUCUGAUCUACUCAGUGACUCCAGGACCUCUAGGACCUGUUUCAAGAGGCCCUAAACCUCUUAUACUUUAGAACAGAGAAGCUUGAUGUGUAGGCUACUGAUUAAGAACUGUGAAGUACCAGGUAACACUUGGGAGCACUUGCUGUGUGUACUAGACACUGUUCUAAGUUGGGUAUUUUAUGGGGUUAGAAAGAAUGGCACCAUAAAUGGACAAAUAAUAUUCUCUGAAAUGGCCUCCACCUCAAAAAAGCAAGACAAACAUAUCUUUUAAAUGUUAUCAGUGGACUGUACAGCUAGCCAAAUAAAUAACCUCCAGGUGAUCACAGCCUUUGGUUCCUGCUGCAAAACCUAAACUAGUAUGAAUCUUAUUUCAUCAGACAAAUACUUGAAUUCCACUCUUCUGCAUAUGUGGCUGCUUUCAGCCUCUUCGGCAGCAAUAUUAAGGGAUAAGAAUGGAAUUUGCCACCUUCCCAGAGGGCCACAAACACCUCAUAGGAGAAGAGGGGCUACACCCAAGGGGUAAAGAUUAGUAUCGCCUCUCCUACCUUGUUAUAAGUGUAGGGUGUUGGCGAGGUAGGUAUGAUGCCAGAUUUCUCCUUCUGAUGCCUUCUCUGUGCCUCCAGUACCUGUCAGAGUUAUACCAAAGGGGACAGUUUACUGAAAAUCACACCAGCGACCUGCAGCUUGAGACAGACUGCUGCAAGGCUGAAGAGGGUAGUCACUGGCAGUCAACAAUCAACAACUGAAAAAAACUCUACAUAAAUACUUUCAAAAACCUUUUUCUCUCUUGCAAUCAGCAAUUUAUCAGUGUUUGCGUAGGUCAAGGAUAUGAAGAUUAAGUCCCUGAAGGAGAUUUAUCUCUUCUUCCUCUCGAUCUGAGGUUACUUUUACCUAGGGGAGUCCCUUAUGCCUUUGAAAGCAGUGAAAGCAGAAUGGUGCUGG